AUGACGACCACUUCUAUUACCAGUAUGACCGCCCAAGUAGAUGGUGUCAAGAGCCCCGCUUCGUGGAAUGGCAAGUUGAAUGGCAAAAUGAAUGGAGCUACCGAGACAGUCAACGAGUGGAGUGAGCCUGGGUCGGCUGCCUUUGACUUUCGCAGCGAUACCGUUACACGGCCCACAAAACGGAUGCUGGCUGCUAUAGCAGCCACCACGCUGCAAGACGAUGACUUCCGAGAAGAUCCCACGACCUUGGGGUUGGAGGAGUGGAUUGCAGAGUUGACGGGCAAGGAGUCAGCACUGUUUGUGAUCAGUGGUACGAUGGGCAACCAGCUGUGUGUUCGAGCGCAUCUAAAGAGCCCGCCAAAUAGCGUGCUCUGCGACGCUCGCAGUCACCUCGUCACGCACGAGGCUGGCGGGGUAGCCAGUCUGAGUGGCGCGAUGGUGAACUGCGUGAGUCCGGCCAACGGACUCUACUUGACGCAGGCCGAUGUCGAGGCGCACUUUAACCGCGGGGCCUUGAUUACUGACUGUCCCACCCGGCUAAUUGUCCUCGAGAUCCCCCUAGGUGGCGUCAUCAUGCCACUGGCCGAAUGUCGCCGCAUCAGCGAGUGGGCGCGCGCCCAGGGCAUCGCGCUGCACCUGGACGGUGCACGACUGUGGGAGGCCGUGGCUGCUGGGGCAGGGUCGUUGCGUGACUACUGCUCCUGCUUCGAUAGUGUCAGUCUGUGCUUUUCCAAGGGGCUGGGCGCCCCAAUUGGCUCCGUGUUGGUCGGGUCGAAGGCCUUGACCGAGCAAGCCCGGUGGAUCCGCAAGAGCAUUGGCGGCGGCAUGCGCCAGGCCGGGGUCGUGUGCGCUGCGGCCCGUGCCGCCGUCGAGGACACCUUUCGGGGCGGACAACUACAGCGUGCCCAUGAGCGCGCCCGCGACAUUGCUACCUUCUGGGAGACCCACGGCGGCCGCUUGGUCUAUCCUGUUCAGACGAAUAUGGUUUGGUUGGACCUCAAGUCCGUGGCCUGGAGCCCCGAAAGGUUGAUUGAGCGCGGCGCGGAGCUCGGACUGAGGUUCAUGGGUGCCCGCAUCGUCGUGCACUACCAGAUCAGUAACGAGGCCAUAAGCCGACUGCAGAGCCUAAUGCGGGAAAUUCUGUCCACUUGA